AUGCCCGGAAUGGACCCGGGCGGGGGCGGCAGCUCGCGCUACUUCCACCAGCUGCUCCGGCCGCAGCAGCAGCAGCAGCCCUCGCCGCUGUCGCCCAAUUCCCACGUCAAGAUGGAGCACCACAAGAUGUCUCCGGACAAGAGCCCCGGCGGCGGCGAGGCCGAGGCGGACGGGAGCGGGAGCGGCGGCGGCGGCGGCGGCGGUGACCAGCCGUCCUCGUCGGCCAUGGUCCUAGUCGAGGGUGGCAGCGGCGGGGGAGGCAGCGGGACGGGCACGCCCACGCGGCGGCCGCGGGGCCGCCCGCCGGGCUCUAAGAACAAGCCCAAGCCGCCCAUCAUCGUGACGCGCGACAGCCCCAACGCGCUGCACUCGCACGUCCUCGAGGUCGCGGCUGGCGCCGAUGUCGUCGACUGCGUCGCGGAGUACGCGCGCCGCCGGGGCCGCGGCGUGUGCGUGCUCAGCGGCGGGGGCGCCGUCGUCAACGUGGCGCUCAGGCAGCCCGGCGCGUCGCCGCCCGGGAGCAUGGUGGCAACGCUGAGGGGCCGCUUCGAGAUCCUCUCCCUCACCGGCACGGUGCUGCUGCCGCCCGCUCCCCCGGCGCCAGCGGCCCUCACGGUGUUCCUCUCCGGCGGCCAGGGCCAGGUCAUCGGCGGGAGCGUGGUGGGCCCGCUGGUCGCCGCGGGGCCCGUCGUCCUGAUGGCCGCGUCGUUCGCGAACGCCGUGUACGAGCGGCUCCCGCUGGAGGGGGAAGAAGAGGAGACAGCGGCGGCUGCCGCCGGGGCCGAACCACAAGAUCAAGUCGCGCAGUCGGCUGGACCCCCAGGUCAGCAGCCGACGGCGUCUCAGUCCUCUGGUGUGACCGGAGGAGGCGACGCCGGCGGUGGCGGCAUGUCGCUCUACAACCUCGCUGGGAAUGUAGGGGCCUACCAGCUACCGGGAGACAACUUUGGAGGCUGGAGUGGAGGCGGUGGCGGCGGAGUCCGGCCACCGUUUUGA